GCUCCCCACUGAGCAGGGAGCCCCAUGCGGGGCUCAAUCCCAGGACCCCGGGAUCAUGACCUGAGCCAAAGGCAGACGCUUAAUGACUGAGCCACCCAGACGCCCCAGGAUCAAGCAUCUUGAUAUGGGGAACUACCCUAGAUUAUUCGCUGGGCCCAGGAUAAUCACACCUAUCACAUCCUUAAAGAGAGAGGCAGGAGUGACUGGCAGACUGGAAGGCCAUGGAACGAGGGGAGCAGAGUUAGAAGAUGCUUCCCCUGACUUCGACGAGGGAGGAAGGGGCCACGAGCCAAAGCCUGAAGGCACCUCUAGAAGCUGGAAAGGGCAAGGAAACAUUCUUCCCUGGAGGCUCCAGAAGGAACCCACCCUGCCCACACCUUGAAUUUAGCCCCCUCAGACUCAUCUGGGACUUCUGACCAUAAGGAUUGUCAGAGAAACAGUGUCAAGCUAGGGAUGCAGUCCAUUCCCAUUGCCACAGCUUGUACCAUUUACCAUAAGUUCUUCUAUGAGAUCAACCUGGAUGCCUAUGACCCCUACUUGGUCGCCAUGUCUUCCCUUUAUUUGGCUGGCAAAGUGGAGGAACAGCACCUGCGCACUCGUGACAUCAUCAACGUGUCCAACAGGUACUUUCACCCGGGCAGUGAACCCUUGGAGCUGGACUCCCGCUUCUGGGCGCUCCGGGACAGUAUCGUGCAGUGUGAACUCCUCAUGCUGAGAGUCCUGCGUUUCCAAGUCUCCUUCCAGCACCCACACAAGUACCUGCUCCACUACCUGAUUUCCCUCAAGAACUGGCUGAACCGUUACUGCUGGCAGCGGACCCCCAUUUCCGUCACUGCCUGGGCCCUGCUGCGGGACAGCUACCACGGGGGGCUGUGCCUCCGCUUCCGGGCCCAGCACAUAGCCGUGGCGGUGCUCCACCUGGCCCUGCAGGCCUAUGGGGUUGAGGUGCCCGCCGAGGCCGAGGCCGAGAAGCCGUGGUGGCAGGUGUUUAGUGACGACCUUACCAAGCCAAUCAUUGAUAACAUUGUGUCUGAUCUCAUUCAGAUUUAUACCAUGGACACAGAGAUCCCCUAAGGCCCUGGUCCAGGCCUGCCCAAAGAGAAGCCCGGGAUGCUCGGCUGCCUGGGGACGGCAUCACCGCAUCGCUGUGACGGCUGGUCCCCAGAAGACCAGCUGGGAGGACUGGUUUUGUGCUGCUGGAGACGGGCUGGUGAAGGCGAUGACCUGCUGCCACUUUGAUUCUCAUGCUUUGACUGUCCCUGGCAGCUGUGGUCCAGACGGUGAUGGGAGCCGUGCCUCCUGCGGGCAGGCCGGGGUGCACCAGGGGAAGGGCCCCCAAGGCAUCCGUGUCUGCUUUUGUCCUUUGAGAGGGCACCGACUGCAGUUGAGGUGUGACAUCAGUGGAAGCAAAAUCAAAGAACAGAUGAGACUGCACCCUUGGGGAUUUUUUUAAAGCCAGAUUUAUAGAAAGUAUGAAUGUGCAACAUAGAUGGAAUUUUAUUUUGUAUAAUAAAAGAUGAUACAAAU